AUGGGUCCCUUGCCUUAUGAUUUGCAUUAUGGCGAGGAUCUAGUUGAAGAUCGCCAGGGUGCAGAGGCGGCUGUAUCAUCAAAUCCACCGGAGCUACAGAGAGAAGAAACUCCCAAAUCUGACAAGAAGAACAAGAGGAAGGAGAAGAAAAAUAAGAAAGAUACCCCCGUGGAAACUACGAAUAAUGAAGAUAAUGAGAAAUCCGUAACGACGUCACCUGGAGGCAAGAAAAACAAAAAGAAGAAGAGGGGUAAGAAUAAAGGAACGGCGAACACACCACCUGCGGAUAAGGAACCUGAGCCUGAAGCCAAGGCUGAGGAGGCCAAACCUCAGGAAGUGAAAGAGGAGGAGUCACCUGUGGCGCAAGCGGACUCGUCAGCUCCUGAACCGGUGAGGGAAGAGGCCAAUCCUGAGAUAGCGAAGGAGGAGACACCUGCGGUGGUCGAGGAACCGGCUGCUGCUUCCGAAGCUCCGGUGCCUGUGAGUGAAGAGUCUAAACCCGUGGAAGAGAAACAGGAGACAACUGUGGUCACUGAAGAACCGACUGCUCCUGCGGCAGCCCCUGAGGAUUCAGUUCAGGAGAAGGCUCCGGAAGAGAGCCAACCUGCUGCUGAACCCGCAGCGGAACCUGAAGCCCUAACUCCCGAGGUCACACCCGAGGCUACAGCUGAACAAGCUGCGCCAGCGGUACGAACCGAACAAGAGGCAGCUCCCAAGGAUUCUGAACCUGCCGCAGAAGCGGCCAAACCUGAAGAACCGGAGGAAGAGACGCCAGCGGCGGCAGGGGGAUCACCAGCUCCUGAAGCUGGAACAGAAGCAUCAGAACCUGGGGAAGCAAAGGAGAAGACAGAUAUGACGGCCGAAGAACCGGCAUCCUCAAAUAUUGCCUCGGAGGCUCCGGCUGAGGAAUCUCCUCCAGCAGCAGAAGCCCAGCCGGAAGCAGCUUCUGAGACGAAAGAGGGACCGGGCGAUGAGGCUCCUGCCGAAGGGCCCGCUGAGGAGAAACCUACAGAAGUGAAGAUGCCUGAGAGCACAGAGCCUGCCCCUGAAGAAGCACCUGUGGCCAAUGCUGCUGAGGAGGAGAAUCUUGAUGCAAAACCAGCUGAGCAAUCGACACCCGGGGCUGCCGCGGAAGACGCUGCAAAGGAAGAUGCAGCUGCAGGCAGUGAGGAGGAGUCUAUGAAGCCGGCAGAAGGAUCAGCAGAUCCUGAACCUGAUGAAGCUGCUGCUCCGGAGGAGCCUGCUAAGCCUGUUGAAGCUGCGUCUACUGAACCGGCGGCUCAAAAUGCAGCUCCAGAAGGAACGGUGGUUGAGACCCCAGCUGUCGAGGAGCCUACAAAUGAACAAUCUGCGGUUGAGAAGCCUACAGGGGAAACCGCAUCAGAGCAAGCAGCUGCCCAAGAGCCUGCUGCCGAGCCGGUAACAGAGGCCGUGGCUGAGGACGACGCUUCGAAGGCCACCGGCGAAGAUACAACUGCCGAAGAGGUCACAGACGAGGUGAAAGCAGUCACAGAGCCUGUACCAGUGGAAACGACUGCCGAAACCACCCCUACUGGAGACGAGGUUACGAAGGAUUCGCCUCCCGAAGGCGCCCCUGUUGCAACAGAAGUAACAUCGGAAGACAACCCUCCUUCCGGCCCAGCUUCUGCUGAUGGGCCGACUGUUGAUGCUGCGGAGGAGUCAGCAGCCCAGGAACCGGAGGGCAAGGUGACUUCAGCCGAAGAGUCGUCCCCGAAUGUAGUGAAGGAAGAGGCCGAAGUAGAAGCGCCUGCUUCGACGGAGCCAGAAGCUCCAGCAGCAACCGAAGAUGCAAAGGACACUGAAGCUUCACCAAGCGCUGACUCUGCACCAGUGAAUAUACCAAUGGAUGGACCAGCUCCAGAGUUAACUCCUGAAACUAAAGCAGAUCCUCUAGUAGAGCCGGCAGAGGAAGAAAAGAUAUCUGACGAACCAGUAACAAAAGAUGAGGUGGCCGGAGUAGCAGAGCCCGAAGCAGACCAUGACGAUAAGCAAGCUGAACCAGAGUCUGUCGAAACAUCUCCAGAUAAAGUUUCCGAACCCAAAAAGGAAGAAGAUGCUGUGCAGGAGGCAUCUCAAGCCGAAUCAAAACCUGCAGAAGUCGAACCAGACGGUGCUAAGCCUGAGUCACAAGCCGAGCUUGGGUCUGACCGCGCGCAUGCAGCCGAGGCAACCAUAACUGAGGAGACCAAAGCUGAAGCUACUGCGACGGAAGCCAAUGCAGAUGAUACCGUUAAGGAGGCAGAAAAGGCUGAAGAGUCAAUAGAGGACCCAGUUCCCUCUAAUGAAGGUAAAGAAGAGCCUGAACAGUCUCCGCCUGAGACUGCUGCUGCAGAGCCUGAGACAGAGAACCUUGAAAUUGUAGAAGACAAGCCAGCCGAAGAGAGGGUUGGAGAGGCGGAAACUUCGGAGUCGGCAGACGUUGCGACAAUUACAGAGCCACAAGGAGUUCCAUCUGAGCCCACAACUAAUGAGUCGAAGCCAGAGGAGCCUAGUGCCAACACUCCAGCCACAGAAGCCGCGGAAGAGGUAAAAGGAGAAGAAAAUACGACUACCACCGAGCAACCCGUAGUUGAACCAGCAGCAGAUCCAGUGAACGAUGAUAAAGCUGAGACAACUGAACAAAAGGCUGAAGAGGCAUCACAGGAACAGCUUACUCCUGAUGAGUUAAAAUCCGACGAGGGUGCAACUGCGGAACCUAACGAGUCUGAAAUUGCUGAAAAGGGAGCUACGGAAUCUCCAACCUCCAAGCCUGACGACACAGAGGUGAAAGAUGAAGACGCUCCCUCGGCCGAAGAAGGAACCGCAGAAGCCCCUGUAGAGGAAUCGAAGGCUGUGGAGGCGGAGACGACUAGUAAGACUGAAGUGGCAGCUGAGGAUCAAGUUGCAAGCUCUGAAGCUGAAGCUUCCCCUGCUGAUGCCACCGCCGAACCUUCUACUAGUGAGACAGAAGCGGCCAAAGAGCCUGAGCCUGUUCCUGAGAAAGCCGAAGAGCAAUUUGAAGUAGUUACGGAACCAGUUACUCAAGAUAACGAUGGAACUGCGGCCUCACCUCCUGAGUCUGAAACAAAUCAAGGCGAACAAGCAGAAGACUCAAACGCGGAUAAGGCUGAGACCAAAAUGGAUGAAGAGUCUGCUGCCAUUGAAGGGCCUGCUGAAGUUGCCGCAGAAGAUGCACCUUCAACCGAGAAUCGUAAUUCAGAGCCACAGGCUGAAGUUCCCAAUGUUGAGCAGGUAGCAUCACCUCCUGGAGAACCCGAAGCCCAAAUUGAAGAAACAGGUGCCACAGAAAUAGUCGAUGGAUCCGGGGACAAACCUAAGCCAGAAGAGCCAGAAGCAACUAAAGAUGGUGAUGGGGUUUCUGAGGCCCCAGCUCCAGCUGCCGAGACCGCGGAGCUGAAAGAAGUCGCAGCCGAAACGGAAAUUAAAGAGUCGUCUGACACAGCCGCUGAAACUAACGAUACCAACGAUGACCCAGCUGCCGAAAAGCCUGAGCCUCUUACUGCACAGACGGCGGAUACUGGAGAGGCGGCUCCGGUUGAUGACAAGGUCGAACCCACAGAUGAAGCCGAAGUCGCCCCUGCCACUGAGCCUGCUGUUCAGUCUCCCGAUUCCGCGGAGGCAGAAGCCGAAGGCCCAGCUGAAGAAGCAACCGCAGCUGAACCUGAAGGGACAAGUGAUGCAGCUGCUGUUGCAGUACAGGAGCAGGCGGAGCAGGCAGCUGAGGGCGAAGAUUCAACCAAGGAACCCGAAGCCACUCCAGAGACUACCGCGGGGCCAGCAAAUGAUGACAAGGAAGCUGUUGCUGACACCACUGAGCCUCCUGCUAUAACUACGGAUGAGGACAAUGCUGAUGCAGAUACUAUGAAGGAGGCUAAUGAGGCUUCAGAGCAAACCAUCCCUGAAGCAGAAGCUGAAGAAACUGUUGCAGCGCCAGCUGAUCCUGUUGAUAACAGUGUGUCUGAACCACCGGCUCCUGCAGUAUCAAAUGAGGCUAAAGAGGUGGUAGAGGAACCUGCUGUUGAUGGCACUACAUCAGAAGUUAAACCCGAUCCCAACAUCGAUGCCCCACAGGAAGUAUUGACGAAAGAAGCUGAGGCUCCAGUAGAUGUAUCCGUUGCAGAAGCAGAGGCACCGAAAGAAGUUGUUCCUGCUGACAUAGAACCUGUUGAAGAGAAGACGGAUGAUGUGUCUGCAACCGAGGAGGCGAAACCAGCUGAUCAGCCUGAGGUGGCAGCUGAACAAGAAAAGGAAGCUGUCACAGUGGAAGCUGCUGGAGACGCCGUGCAAGACGAGGUAGCUCCUGAGAGCGCCACUGAUACCGCAGAGCCAACUGCUGCCGCUCAGGAUGUACAGGUUGAGCCCUGUGAUCCUGCCGCAGAGACUGUAGAGCCAAUCGAGUCCGAGGCUCAAGAGGAGCCUGUUCCCGCAGAAGAAGCCGCUGCCUUAGAGAAAGAGUCAGUCCCCGAAGCAUCAGUUGAGCCUGUCGAAGGUGAAGCGAAAGGAGAACCUGAAGCACACUCCCAAGACACAGCCGAUAUUGCUGCUGCACAAGCGGUUGAGCCAGAGACAAAAGAUGAUGAAUCCGGAGGUGCUGAGCCACCUACUGAAGUAGUGCAAGAGACUACCGCUGAACCUGAGGUUGCCAAGGAAUCUGAGACUGUGACUACUGACGACGCAGAGACAGAAGAGGCUCCAGAUGCUGACGAGACCAGGGCUCAAGUUGGCUCAAAGGACGAAUCUGAGUCGGCGGCAGAGCCAGGAGCAGAAACUGAGGAACCAGCUGUUUCUGAAGAUGCCAUGGCAGAAGACGGCGCCUCUGAGGCUGUUGAAACUGCACCCCCCGAAUCGGUUGCGGCUGCAGAGGGGGAAGCCAAGGCAGAGGAAUCCGUCGCUGAAGUUGCAGAGCCUGAGGAACCUGAGCCUGCACCGGCGGUCGAAGUUGCUGAGGCCGAAGCGCCUGAACUAGCUCCCGAAGUCAUAGAGUCCAAAGAGGAGGAGCCCGAGGUUACGGUUGCCGAGGAAGUUGAACCAGAGCCGGAGGCUGUCGAAGAGCCCAAGGAAGAGGCUCCAGCAGAAGAGACAGAAGAGGACCAUUCUAAAGCUGCUGCCGCGGCCAUUGUCGCUGGCAUUGCUGCUGCAGCCGGUGGAGCUGCUCUUGUCGCCGCCGAACUGUCAAAAGAUGAACCAAAGGCGCCCAAGACACCCGAGGAAGAAGAGAGUAAGGACACUGUUGGGCCGAUUCCUAGAGAUGGAAAGUUGACGCCCAAAUCAAAGAAAGGUGAGGAACUGUAUUCUUUUCAUGAUACCCCUAGUGAUUUUUCGGAAGCUGUUGGAUAUACCAAUUUGGAGGGAGCUAAGGAGAGGGAUGAUAAUGGCGUUUUGGCGUUACCAGAGAAAGAAGAGAUAAAGGAGUUGCGGCCGGCUACCGAGCAGGUUUCAGACGAGGCUGCUGAAGUCAAGUCCGAAAUCUCGGAGCAAAAAGUGGAAGGAACAGUCGCUAUAGUUUCGACUGGGGAGGGGGCCGCAACCGUUGUCCUUGAGUCUGUUGAGGAUGCUUUGACCGCAAAGCCAAGUCUGCCAGUCGCAGGGACGCUCGACGAGGUGGAAACCGAGGAAUCAGCCCCUGCUGCCAAAGAGGAUCCCGUUUUGGAAAAUACAUCUGAGAACACGCAGCUGCCAGAUACUGAAGCGCCUGAAGCCAUUUCUGUUGGAGGACCAAUGCCUACGACUGAGGAACAGAGUCUGACAAAGAGUGAUGAUCUUGCUUUGCCUCCGGCUGGUGAGGAAGAAUCUGACCAGGUCGCAGAGUCCACUGUGCUGGAUGAUUUGAAGGAACAGUUAGCUGAACAACCAGCAACCAAGCCUGUUAUCGAAGAUGCCUCAGCAGAGCCUGCUACUAAUACUGCAAUUGAAGAGGCGGAAGUGUCAGUCAACAAGGAGUCCGCCUUGGCCAUAACCAAAGAAGAAACACCCACCAUUGCGGAAGACUUUGUUGUGCUGGAUGACACCAAGAAAGACUUGCACCUCCAAAACGAAAAGGAUAAUGUGGCUGCCGAUAAUGCUAUCCUUGAGCCUGUUCUGGCUGUAUCUAGUGAAGGUUUAAGUUCUUCGGGCACACAAGAGCCAAUCUUGGACGAUCCAAAUGAAGAGGUAGCACCAAAGGCUGCAGACGAACCGGAAUCCAUUGCAACUGAGGCAUUAGAUACUGCCGAUGCGGCACCAAUUGUCGUAGAUGACACUACAACUGAAGUGUCCGUUUCGGUCCAAGUCAGUAAAGAAGUGGUCCCUGAAGCUGCCCGAGAAUCUGCUUCAUCUGCCGCCUCCACGGAGGAACUUCCACACGCCGGAGAACCCAAUCUAGAGUCUACAGAGAAAUCUAAUACCACGGCUACUGACGCUGUCGCUACCGUCACUCUGGAUUCUGAAGAACACAGUGCGUCAGCCGCUGCAGACUCGGUCUCGACCAGAGCCGUUGACUCUACAACUGCUGCAGUCAUUGAAGAGCUAGUUCGUUCUGAGGCUUCUGAGGAAAGUCUACCCACAGAAGAAUCUACUUUGGAGCCAAUCAAGGAGCCUGACAAUACAGCCGGGGAUAGCGCUGCAGUCAAUGUUGAUGCUGAUAGGCUCAACGUGGCAGCCACAGGAGUAUCUGAGAUGGCUUCGGACCAGGAAUCAACGUCCACUGUUAUUCAAGCCGUCACUGUGGAUGAUACGACAGAACCAGCAAAGCCAGAGUCUACUGAGCCUGUCCUAACUACGGACACUCAAGAAUCAUCUCCAGGCACAGAAGGGCUUGACCUCUCGGACGAGCCAAGGGAGAACCUGGUGGAAGAGUCAAAUCUUCUGGACAUUGAAGAAACUAAGUCGAUCAACGUCACCAAGGAUAAGGCACCCGUUCACGAGACUGUCGAUGUAGACCUUUCGGUAGCGGACUUGGCUCAGGCGGCGCUGGAAUCUGGUAUUGUCUCGAUCCGAGAUGCAGAUGUCCCAGCUAAGGUGCCUGAUAUGUUGACGCAUACGGCCGAGGAGCCUUCUGUGACCAAGGCAGAGUCCAUUUUGACUACAAAAGCUGAAAUAGAUUCUGUUGCUGAAGUCGCCGAAGAGCCCAUCGCGUCACAAGUUCCAACUGCGGCGGCCACGAUUGAGGCCGAGCCAACUAUACUAGGAGAAGUCAGCGAGGAGCCCGACAAUGCCUCACCUGUCCAAGCAGCUAAUCAGAAUGCUGUAUUUGCAAGAGAUGAAUCUCGACUGAUGUCAGAUAAGUCAACGAUAUAUCCAGUUGAGGACCAAGCGGCUGGAGGCAAUGACCCUCAAGUGGGAAUUUCUCAAGAGUCUGAGAACCUUGACCAGCAUCAAGAGCUGGCCGCUGAAGCAGAGACCAAAGCAGAGUUUAAAGAUGACAGUCCUGUCUUGAUUGACAACAGCGGUGAAGUUCUGAAUACCGAUUCUGCAGGGCCUAAAACAACUGAUGCCGGGAAACUUUCUGGAGACGAUGAAGCUGUACUGAGCCAAGAACAGCCCUUAUCAGAAUCUUGGGCACUUGUUGAGGCCACCGAGGACUCAAAAUUUAAGCCUGCGGAGAAAACCGUUGCAGAACAGGAAGUCCAAGAGCAUUCCGCCCCAGAAUCUAAUAACAAUGCAACUGUUGUCGUGUCGCAGGAGGUUCCAAACGAUUCUGAGCCAACUAGACAAAUGGACGUCGAGGUGCAUGAAGCCAAUGCUCCAAACGAACCGCUUCCCGACCCUGCUGUAGAGGCUGUCAUUGAGAGCAAAGCACGUGUUUCUGGUCUGCUCGCUGAAUCCUCAGUUGGUCCAAUUGCUGAGGGUGAAGAAACUGAGGCAAGGGACCAGAUGCUUGAUCGUUCAGCAGAACAGUUGGUAGCAGCACUUGCGACAGAAACCCUCAUCGCAGAUGAAGCCAUCGCCCCUGUCAAUGUUACCGAGUCUCAAUCGGUGCCAGAGACAAAAUCAGCAGAGACAGAAGAGAUCGACCUGACUGUAGAAGCUUCAAAUGAGCAGUCCGGGAGUGAGAUAGCAUCUGAAAUGGCUACCUCUUACCAAGCAGUUCCGGAUGCUUUCGAUCUCUCGCAGACUGAGCUAGGGGCUCGUGCCUCGCCAACCGAGGAUAUUGAGCAGAAAGCCCUAGCACAAACAGCUUUAGAUCAAGGACCAGUGGUCGAGGCAGUUGCGGAGGCUCCUAUUGAGAUAACGUCGAGUCAGGAAGCAGCUGCUGCUGAUUCUCAAGAACAGGUUCCUUGUCUUGAUGAUAUCCGACCAGAGUCACUGCCUAAGGCAAUUGAGGAAACCAAUCCACAGGGAGUGUCAGCGCAAGUUCUUGGUGCCCAGCUUUCUGCCCAGCCAGGUGCUGAGGCGCCAGCCAUUGAAGCACUCGCUGCUCCUGAAGCUAUAAUUGUUGAUCCUCAAAUCGAAACAAGCCUGGCUUCUGACGGGGCUGCUGAGACGACUGACGAAGCUGGGCAAAAGGACGACUUUGUCGAAAUUGCGGCUGAGCAAAGUGUUGCCCUACAGCCAGAAAGCGCAAUUGAUGAUGAGCACGGAGCAUCUGUUGCUGUUGCUGAUGACGAUGAGGAGUUUGUCGAUGCUUCUGAAGGAACCGAUAUCGCUCCCACUGAAGAAGCUAGAUCUCCACCCAUCGAAGCUUCGGAGAGCUGGCUUUCCCAGGAAGUCGUACUCGACGCCCCAGCUGAAGACAUUGCGCUUCCUACUGAAACCCUAGCUGGAGAGCGUGAGGUGUCAUCUCACGAGAAGACCAUUUCAAUCGACAGUCCGACUAAGGAAUCUGACAGCCAAAUUGCUGGGUUUACUUUGGCCUCUGCUGGUGUAGCGGCACUUACGGGGGCGGUGGCAGUCGCCGCAGUUGGAAAAUUACAUGACUCCAGGUCAACAGAUGUUGUAGGCUUCACCGCCGAGCACGAAAAGUCUCUAGAAUUUGCAAAAGCAUCUGAAACACAGAAAAGCGGAGAUUUGAUCGAGGCUCAAGGAAAGUCAGCUGCUGCCUGUGAGAAUCUAACCCCAGCAGCCGCAGAACUCGAAGCCGAACCGACGCAAAGUCCUGGCCUCACAAUACGUGCAAGUGAUGUUGAUUUAAGAGCUCCCACACCUGCUGUGGUGGUCCCUGACAUGGCAAUGGUUGAUCAGCAACGAAACAAGACUUUGAAGCGCAAGCAGAAGCUGGCGGUCCGGAACGCUGAGGAUACAGUUGCGGCUGCGGUUGUCAUUUAUGCCACUGCUGAAGCUUUAAGCCCUCCUGCUAGCCCUAAGGCUGGUGUUAUCUUCCAAGGCCAUGAAGGGGAAUUUCCCUCCGUUGUUUCACGGGAAAUUGUUGAGGAGGACUCGCACCAGCUUGAUACUGACUUAUCUGCAGACGAAACUUCAAGAGAUCCUCGAGCGUCAAGUGGCGAAAGGGAAAGGGAGAGGACUCGCCGCCGUAGGCAGCCUUCUCACCAGUCUAGCCGAUCUAGCCGUAGUCGCGGCGACGAAGAGCACCGCGAGAGCAGACGCCAGUCAUCCCAUGGCUCGCACGGCUCACACAGUCGCCGACAUCAUGCUGAUAGUACCGGAGAAGAAGCCGCAAAGACGCCGCCCAGAACUCCUAGGCGACGAGACAGCGGUGUCUCUGGAGAAAGCUCUGGAAGCUCUGGCAGACGACGAACACCAGAAGACAAAGCCGAGCACGAACGACGCAGAGCGGAGCGCCAACUUAGCGAUCAAGACUCCGAACGUCGUGAACGAUCGGAACCUUCUGAGCGCUCGGAACGCUCCACGCAUAGAGAUCGCAAGGGCAGCAGAGACGUGGAGCACCCUACGGAAAGAAGCCAUCGCUCCUCGCGCCGGCAUAGCCACUCUAGCCAGCACAAGUCUGAUCGUAUUCCUUCUGCUUCUGCUCCCGUCGAAAGGGAACCACUUACCCAGCCUUCUGACAAACGGUUUUUUGAAAUCAAGAAUAGUGAAGGAAUAGUAGGCAGUGGCUUCCCCCCCACAAUCGCAGGGGAGACCACGGUCGAAGUUGAAAUCGAAGUUGAAGCCCCUAGGGCAACAGAGGCUCCCAAGAGAUCCAACACGACGCGAUCCAAAUACGGUUUCGGACGCCUCUCUACCGAUCAGUCUCGCCCUAAGACUACAAAGACGCGAGAGUCGGCUGACGUUCCUCGAGGUUCUUCAUCGAAGGGCAGCAUUACAACUUCCGAAGAUAACGCCAGACGGGCUAGAAAGACUGAGCGUAGCAAGAAGGAAGAAGAGAAGAAGCCUUCUGGGUUCAAAGGUGUGUUGAAGAGGAUAUUUGGAUAA